GCUCUGACAGAGGCGCAGGACAUCCGGACACACCUGAUGCCACUCUCCCGCCACCUGGAGAUCCUCGAGAGCCUGGAGUUUCCGGAGGUGAAACCACGGCUGCGGCCUCUGCUCCACGUGGUGUGUCUGAUCUGGGUCACGUGCGGGUCCUACCGCUCCCCAGGGCGGCUCACGGUGCUGCUCCAGGAAAUCUGCAAUCUCCUCAUCCAGCAGGCUUCUAAUUAUCUCAACCCAGAAGGCCUCCUGAGAAGUGAGGUGGAAGAAAGUCAGAGAAAACUGCAAGUGGUCAUGGACACCUUGAACUUCUUCAAGCAGAUGUUUCAGGACAGAAGAGAGAAUCUCCAUACUUACUUCAAAGAGAACCAGGAAGUCAAGGAGUGGGAUUUCCAGUCUUCCUUGGUCUUUGUGCGACUGGAUGGCUUCCUGGGGAGACUGCUCCUGGUGCAGGAUCUUCUGAAGACAACCCUGGAUUUCCACACGCUGGGAAAGCUUGAGUUUAGUGGCAUCAGAGGGAGUGCCCUGAGUCGGCAGGUCCAGCAAAUGUACGACGAAUUUCAAGAGAUGUACAGGGUCUUUACAGAGGCCCCCUAUGACUGCUUGGACCCCCAGAGCACGGAAUUCGAAAAUGACGUGUCCGAAUUUCGCCAGAGAGUAGAAGAUCUUGACCGAGGGCUGGGGACCAUCUUCAUUCAAGCCUUUGAUGAUGCCCCCAGUUUGGAGCAUGCCUUUAAGCUGCUAAACCUAGCAGGGAACCUUCUGGAAAGACCGCUGAUAGCACAGGAUGCAUCUGAAAAGUACCUGCUGUUCAUCCGAAUGUUCCACAAAGACCUGGAUACCGUGAGGGUGAUCUACAGUCAGCGCGUCCAGGAGGAGGCGGAACUUGGGUUCGCCGCCGUGCACAAGAACAUGCCCACGGUGGCCGGGGGUCUCCGCUGGGCACAGGAGCUGCGGCAGCGUAUCCAGGGCCCCUUCGCCAGCUUCAGACGCAUCGCACAUCCUUGCCUGGAAUCUGCCGAAGGAAAGCAAAUGACACAAAAAUAUGAAGAUAUGCUCUCACUGCUCGACAAGUACGAGACGAGACUUUAUGAAGACUGGUGUCAGACCGUGUCAGAGAAGUCACAGUACAAUCUUUCCCAGCCACUUCUGAAACGUGACCCAGAGACGAAGCAGAUUGCCGUCAACUUUAACCCACAGCUGACUUCAGUGCUGAAGGAAAUGAGUUACCUUGAAUCGAGGCAGAUGCGACAUGUUCCUGAGACAGCAGCAGCCAUGUUCUCCUCCAGGGAAUUCUAUCGGCAGCUCGUGGCAAAGUUGGAAGUGGUGGCGAAUUGGUACAACAGGAUUAUGAAAACUCUCGUAGACGUGGAAUUGCCGUUACUGGAGAAAGAGCUGGGGAAUAUCGAUCUCUGCCUGAAAGCUGCAGAAGAGACUCUGAACUGGAAAACGGAAGGCAUUUGGGAUUAUGUCAUUCAAAUCACCAACAGCGUUCAUGAUCUCGAACAAAGGAUUCAGAAAGCCCAAGACAAUGUGGAAGAGAUUCAAAACAUCAUGAAAACAUGGGUGUCUCCGAUAUUUAAGAGAAAAGAUGGAAAAAAGGAAUGUCUCCUUUCCAUGGAUGACCAGCGCAACCGGAUGGAAAAAUACUACGAUCUCAUCAAAGAAUCUGGACUUAAGAUUCAUGCCCUCGUUCAGGAAAACCUAGGUCUGUUUGCCGCAGACCCAACCUCUAAUAUCUGGAAGGCUUAUGUUAAGUACAUAGAUGAUAUGUUGCUGGAUGGAUUUUUUCUUGCCAUUGAGUGCUCCCUCAAGUACCUUCUGGAAAACACCGGUAUGUACUGGCUUAUGGAUGUGUGUUAUUGCCGCAAAGAUAACAGUGGCACCUGUUGAACAAAAGUGAAGUGUGAUCGAGUGCUUUGUGACUUUUCCCAAAAUGUUGUGGAUGUUUUGUGAGCUACACACAGGAGAAUCGCAAAGGUAUUGAGUUUCUGAAUUGUUCCCAGAGAAAAGAUUUCUCUCUCUUUAAAACUCAGGUGAUAAACCAGGCUCUCAGGUAGUGAAGCCCUUAGCAAAAGCAAAACCAUAAAUGCCAAUUCAAUCCAAAUAAAGCUUCAGGGGGUGCCUGGCUGGCUUAGUCGGGAA